ACUGAGAUGAGAGUCAGGGAGAUCACAGAGAAACUGGACCAGCUGAUCCCGCUCAGACCCUUCACCGAUGUGAAGUCCACCACUAGUGCAGCCAAUAGCAUAACUACCAUCCUCAACCCUCAAGACACAUACUGUAGGGGGGACCAGCUGGACAUCCUGCUGGAGGUGAAGGACCAUCUAGGACGCAGGAAGGAAUAUGGUGGGGACUUUCUGAGGGCCAGGAUGUCUUCCCCAAGCCUUAAGGCCGGUGCAUCAGGAAAGGUGACAGACUUCAACAAUGGCACCUACCUUGUCAGCUUCACUCUGUUCUGGGAGGGUGGGGUCUCCUUGUCUGUCCUGUUCAUGCACCCCAGUGAAGGGGCAUCAGCUCUCUGGAGGGCAAGGAAAGAAACCGGUGAUAUAAUUAUUUUCCAAGGUAAAUUUGUUAAUGGCACUUCACAAGUCCUUUCUGAGUGUGGCCUGACCUUAAACUCAACUGCAGAACUAUGCAAAUACCUGUUUGGCGGAGACCAUGAAGUCUUCUACUGUAUGAAGCCUCAACACAUGCCCUGUGAGGCCCUGACCCAUGUGUCUACCAGGAACCGAAAAAGCUCUUAUCUUACUGUCAAGGAAAAAAGCCUUUUCCAUAAGUCCAAAGUGGCAGUCGAAAUAAUGAAAGACUUUAAACAUAUUGAGGUCUCCCAAUGUAACAUAUCUGUGUUACCAGAAAACGAAAAAGUAAAAGGGAAAUGUCAAGUUGGACUGAAGAGUCCUUUCCCUGGUGGUUACGUGCUACAAGACAGGUGGAUCCCAACAUUUUGCAACCAGAUUCAGUUAGAUACAAUGAAGAUAAAUGACUGUUUGAAAGGAAAACUCAUCUACCUCCUGGGAGACUCCACGCUGCGUCAGUGGACUGACUACUUACCCAAAGUUCUAAAAACACUGAAAUUUUUUGAUCUUCAUGGAACUGGAAGUUUUCAGAAACGUUUGCUUCUGGAUGCUGAAAGACACACUCAGAUUCAAUGGAAAAAGCAUAGCUACCCUUUUUUCACAGUUAAUCUAUAUUCAGUGGUAGAUGACAGUUAUAUCCCUCUGGAGAUUGACCGGGUAUUCGGGGACCAAAACACAGCCAUCGUUAUUACCUUUGGCCAUCACUUCAGACCCUUCCCCAUUGAUAUUUUCAUUCGCAGGGCUAUCAGAAUCCGAAAGGCAAUUGAACGGCUGUUUCUAAGAAGUCCAGCCACUAAAGUGAUCAUUAAGACAGAAAAUAUCAGAGAAAUGCCCAUGGAAAGACAGUGGUUUGAUGAAUUCCAUGGAUACAUUCAAUAUCUUACCCUGAAGGACAUUUUCAAAGACCUCAAUGUGGGUGUCAUUGAUGCCUGGGACAUGACCAUUGCAUACAAUGCCAACAUGCUCCACCCACCAGAUGUUGUGAUUAGAAAUCAGAUUGACAUGUUUUUAAACUACAUUUGCUAA